AUGACACAUGUGCCAUCUGCUAGUGUUGUGGGUAGUUUGAUGUAUGUCAUGGUGUGCACGCGACCUGAUAUUGCACGAGCAGUGGGAGUUUUAAUUCGCUUUAUGUCUAAUCUUGGCAAGAAGCAUUGUAGUACUGUAAAGAGGGUUCUUAGAUAUCUAUGUGGGCCCUCGAAUUUAGCAUUAUACUAUGGGGGCAUGGUGACUAGGGAUGAGCUGAAUGUGAUAGGUUUUGUGGAUGAUGAUUGGAGAGGUGAUCUCGAUAAUAGGCAUGCUACAAGUGGGUAUGUAUUCUCUUUAUUUGGUGUCGUUGUUUGUUGGAUGAGUAAAAGACAAAUUACCGUGGCUUUGUCAUCAAUUGAGGCAGAACACAUGGCAUUGACACAUCCUGGCAAGGAAGCUAUAUGGCUUCGAAGAUUGAGUUUAGAGCUUGGUUUCAAGCUUGAUGCUGUGAAGAUAGGGUGUGAUAAUCAAAGAGUGAUAAGAGCUUGA